GAUCAGCAGCAUCGACAGCUUUGAUAAAUUUAUUUGAACGUUAAACGCCGAACGAGCUAGUUGUAAAAAAAAUUUAACGCAUAUCGCGUCAUAAAUUUUGAUUGGACGCGUAAGUGUGUGAGGUUUAACAGUGAGAGCCAUAAAUCGAUUUACAAUCAUAAAGCAUAUAAAGUGGAAAAAUACUAAUCCUGUCAUAAAAAAAAAAAAAGAAAUCGAUGGCGAGCCAGGCGGAUGAGCUCACAGUGGGCAGAGCCACUGUCAUACCCAUAAAUAUGCCCACCAGCCACAGCGAGGAGCAGUCAGUCAUCAAUGCCAAUGGCAGAACUAACAUUCCGAUUGACAAUCAGCCCAGGCGACGCGUUAGCAUUAUCUCCGAAGCGCCUGUCAAUAAUAACGGCUACGAUAAUCCCGCCUACGAACAACAUGCAACAAAUCUGAGAAAAAUCUCACAGUGCUCACUACCCCCACUUGACAUUGGACCUAUUGGUCGUAGGAGAAGCAUACUCAAGGAUACCUUAGCACAUGAUAAUGACGCUGAUCGUGUCUCAACACAUAGUUAUGAGAACUACAGACAGAGUGCGCUGGACGCGCUCAGUGCCAAAUACAAUGGACUGCAGGCGGCGCUGCAAGGCUCGCAGGAGAGCAACAACUAUGUGGAACAGUCGUGGAUAUAUAAUUUUUGCUUGAAGUGUCGCGGCGAGGAGCCGAACGAAGCGUGGGAGCCACCCUAUUGGCAAAAGAUAUUUCCCUAUCCGUUGUGUCCCACGUUUAGAGCUGUGGCACGACUGGUGUCGCUUAUAGCUAUAGGCGCGCUGCUUUGGAUUGUUGCCUUUGUCAUAAUUGGACAGACAGCUGCUCCUGGUGGGCAACUCUUUGGCCUUGUGGUGCUUACAGUGGCAGCCAACUUUGGUGGUUACCUCAUGUCCUUGACAACGCUGCCACGCCUCAUUGGCAUGCUGCUGGUGGGGCUGCUGUUUCAGAACGUGGGCUGGGUGGACUUGGAUGGCGACUUCAGCAAGGUCACAGCGCAUUUGCGUAAAUUUGCACUCACCGUCAUACUGACACGAGCUGGUCUCGAAAUGGAUCCCAAGGCAUUCACCAAGGUGUACAAGACGAUUCUUAAGCUGGGCAUUGUGCCUUGGUUUGCGGAAUUUGGCGUCAUCGCUACCUUGUCGCAUUACUUGCUGGACUUGCCUUGGAUGUGGGGCUGUCUGAUGGGCGCCAUCAUAGCGGCCAUAGCGCCAGCUGUGGUGGUGCCUUGUCUGUUUCGCUUGCGCACCAAAGGCUACGGCAUAACCAAGGGCAUACCCACGCUGGUGGUGGCCGUGUCCGGCGUGGAUGAUGCCAUCUCGGUGGCUGUCUUCGGCAUCAUCAGCACCAUUAUGUUCUCGGAUAAGGGGCAGCUGUUUCUGAUAUCCCAAGUGCCAGUUUGCAUUAUAGGCGGCUUGGGCUUUGGCGUCGUCUGGGGUCUGCUGGCGCGCAUCUUUCCGGAGAAGGGCGAUGCCUAUGUCGUGCCAUUGCGCACCUUACUCCUCUUUGUAGGCAAUCUGGUGGCUAUUUAUGGCAGUGACAGACUGGGCUAUGAGGGCGCUGGUCCACUGGCCGUGGUCUUCUCCUCGUUCAUCUCCAACUACUUCUGGUGCAAGGACGGCUGGACCAUAGAUGAUAAUCCAGUGGCCACAGGCUUCGAGAUCUGCUGGAUGAUCUUUGAGCCCAUACUCUUUGGCAUUACGGGCGCCACCAUCAAACUGUUCGAACUGGACUACAGCCUAAUCUCGACUGGCGUGAUCUGCAUCUUUGCUGGCGUCGUCAUACGCAUCUUUGUUACCGCCGGCAUUGCCUUUGGCGAUCGUCUCAACACCAAGGAAAAGUUCUUUGUGGGUUUGGCCUGGAUGGCAAAGGCUACAGUGCAGGCCGCCUUGGGUCCUGUCGCGCUACGUCACUUGGGUCCGCAGGCUUCGACUGAGGAGCGCAAAUGGGCAACGAUUGUGCAAACCAUUUGCAUCUUUAGCAUUCUGUUCACAGCGCCUUUGGGUGCCAUUCUAAUCUCAGUAACGGGCACACGCCUGCUAACCAAGACGAAGCAGCCACAGGUGCUUACGGGCUGGCGUCGCAGCCAUCGUCCUUCCAUACGCGACAUUAGCAUCAUCGAUGAGGAGGAGGAGCGUGAGGAUCCCGAGCUGUCCAAGUCCAAACAGUCGCAGGAUGCUUCAUAGCAUACUCUGAUUACAAACUUAAGCUAGCUGUGCCAGCUUACAAUUGUUUCGUUCGCGUUGAAUCGUUGAAACAUUAUUUUUUAAG